AUGAUUCUAGAUUUUUGGAAUAACGCAUUGAUUGAUUCAUGUAAUAUUAUAAAUAAUACCAUAGCAACAUCAGAUACUGGAAUUAUUUACCAUACAGAUAAUUCUCUUACCAUAAAAAGUUGUUCUUUUAUUAACAACACUGCUCCUAAAUAUUCAUGUUUGAUAUAUAACGAUGGUAAUGAACAAACAACAGUUGAUAAUUGUUACAUUGACAAUUCGAUUUCAUCAACAUUUUAUAGAAAUGUAGUACCUACUAAUACAAGAGAACUAUUUAUUAACAAAUUGAUUCAUCUUUCAACAGGUAAUUGCCAAGCAGAAUUUGCAAUUAUCAAUAAAAGUAUUUCUAAAGUUAAUAAACUUUCUCUUUUUUUACAAACUUUAGUAAACAUUAGAUUCUUCUCAUAA